GAAAAAUCUGAGAAGAUUUUGAACAAUGACAUCAAUCCAUUCAACGAAUUUGUUUUAAACGGGGAGCUCAAAAACUUGAACCGCAGUUUUCAGGAUGAAGCUGAUGACUUCAAUCAGUUCAUAAGCUUGUAUAAAUCUUUGAAAGCAAAUGUUUCUUUUCCUUUACAAGAAUCUCACAGCAUUCUGUAUCCAACAGAGGGCAGAAACAGAAAGAGGAACAAAAUCAUCAAAAUCUUAUCAGAUGCUCAAAUUCCGAGUCUUGUUACUCAAAAUUUGGAGAAUGAUAUUUCUAUCACAGACAUGGAUGAAUCCAUCUAUUUGAUGAAGGUCAAAGCUGAUGAGGAUUUUGACGAGGAUAAAAAUAGAAGAAUUUUGAGAAAUUUGUUUGUGCAUGACAGAAUUGAUGAGGUUUUCAAUAUUACUCAGAUCAUUGGAUUGGAAACAAUUGAAGCAAUUUUAGUACUGGGGUGUGAGCACAUAUAUAUUGUUGAAGGUUACUUUUACAACGGUAAUGGAGAAAUAUGUUGCAAUUAUGAGGCGCCUGAAAAUCAGCGGGAUAGUGUGGUAAAACUUUUAACAGACCUCACUAUUACCAACCAAAAAAGUUCUGAGAAUAACAAGGAAGAUCUAAAUUUCCAUAAAUCUAAGAGUUGGGCAGUUAAAGAUCUUGUUUCUGUUUCAAAAACAAAGUUUUUGCUCAGAGACGUCGGAUUUGAGCUUUUUUUCAAAAACGGGUCUUCUGUCUUGUUAACAUGCAUCGACUGCAAUAAAAGGAACAGUAUUUUCAAUAAAAUUUCUAGCUAUAUUACAUCAAAGUUGGAAGAUACUAAUCUUGACGAAGCUUUAAAGCUAGCUUCUCGUCAAAAAAUCAAGACAAUAAAAAGUAGCAAUUUCGGUAGCUCCAAUACUACAGAGAAUAACGGUUUCAAUAUAGUUGAUAGUAUAUUAUCAGGCUCGUCUGACAUCGCUUCUUCUGAUAUUACUGCUAAGUGGUGUAGUGGCCAAAUUUCCAAUUUUCAAUAUUUGAUGCUAUUGAAUACAAUAGCUGGAAGAACAUUCAAUGACAUGACACAAUACCCUGUUUUCCCCUUUGUUCUAUCAGAUUAUGAAUCAGAAAAAAUUGACUUAAGUGAUCCCAAUGUCUAUAGAGAUUUGUCCAAGCCUAUGGGAGCUCAGAGCAACAUGCGAGAACAGCAGUUUAAGGAAAGAUAUGAUGCCACAAAAGAAAUGUCUGCAAAUACACCACCAUUUCAUUAUGGUACUCACUAUUCAUCAGCAAUGAUUGUUACCUCAUACUUAAUAAGAUUACGUCCUUUUACUGAAUCCUACCUCAAGCUUCAAGGGGGAAAGUUUGACCACCCUGACAGACUUUUUCAUUCCAUUCCCAAGUUGUGGAAGAGUGCGUCACAGGAUAAUACUACUGACGUUAGAGAAUUAAUUCCUGAAUUUUAUUAUUUACCAGAGUUCUUGAUAAAUUCAAACAAUUUUCAAUUUGGUGAAUUACAGGAAGGUAAAACAGUUCAAGAUGUUGAGCUUCCGCCAUGGGCUGAUGGCGAUCCAAUUAAAUUUGUAAGAAUAAUGAGAAACGCGUUAGAAAGUGAUUUUGUUAGUGAGCAUUUGCAUGAAUGGAUCGAUUUAAUUUUCGGGUAUAAACAACAAGGUAUUGAGGCGAUAAAGGCAACUAAUGUGUUUCAUUACUUGAGUUAUCCUGGAAGUAUUGAUAUAGAAAAGAUCCGUGAUAGUCAUGAGAGAGCAGUCAUUGUUUCUAUCAUUCACAAUUUCGGGCAAACUCCAUUGCAAAUAUUUAGAAAGAAGCACCCGGUGAAGAAUCAAGAAUAUAGUGACGGUGGAAAUAAAUCACAAUUACAGAAAUCUGGAAAGAGUGCUAAACAACUUAUUUUCAAUCCAAGAAUAAAUAAAUGGGAAGGUAUACGUCAAAAUGAAUAUUGCUAUUUUGAAAAUGAUCUCAGCACAAGAAUAAAGAAAAUUGGUCACAAUGGGUUGCAAAUCAAUAAAGUUUUAUGCGUAGAACAAUUUACUAACGGUGGUUUCAUCAGUUGUAUCAAAAUACUUUCUAGAGAAAAAUUUGUUGUUGGCUUCAAUACUGGAAACCUGAAAAUAUAUGAAUUAUCGAGAGACAGGUAUAAAUAUGUUACUAAUGCUCAAAGAAGUAUGGUAAAG